AUGGCAGAGCCCGCCGACGACGCCCCAUCUCGCGACGCCGACGCCAUGGCAGACUUCGUCCCAACUUCCGCUGCCCGUCCUGCCGACGACCUCAAGCUUCGCUGCUGCUGCGGCCGCAAUGACUGUGCUUUUCUCAAGCAUAGCUGUACCGUCCUGGACACUGUCGAAAAAGAUGUCCAUACCGCUGCCAAGCUGGGCAAGGCCUUGCUUGCUCGCCACGAGGCAUACAUGGCCGACGCCGAACGAGACCGCAUGGCAUUAACGGGUCGCAUAGAGCAGCUGGAGAGCGACAAGCUGGAGUUGCAGGCAGAGAACACGAGGACCGUCGAAGAAAACCGCACUCUUUUGGACCAGCUCGAGAUGCUCAACAACACCGUUCAAGAUUCCGAUAUCCGCAUCCAGACCCUGGAAGCCACCCUGUUGUCGUCGCACCAAGUUGUGCGUCGCCUCGAGGGCGCCGCAGCCCGUGCCGCCGAGAUGGAACGGCACAUUGCGGUACUCGAGCAGGAGCAGCUACGGCUGCAAAAUACGCUCAUUACCACCGAAUCCGAGGCCCGUUCAGCGAUGCAGCGGUGGAGAAAGGCAGAGAGGGGCAUCUCUGACCUUCAGGAGCAGCUGGAGCGCAUGGAGCAGGAGGCCAAGGAGGAGCGCGAGCGCCACGCCGAGGUGCUUGGCCGCAUGGAACGUCAACGUGAGAUGGAAAAGGAGCUGAACGCCGCUGCCGGGCGCCUCAAGGGAGCUGCCGCAGCCAAGUCGCUCAACAACGGCAAGAACGCCAGCAAUGUAGUAUCCCACUUUGUGCGUGAUCUGCUCCAGGACAACGCGAAUCUGCAGCUGGGUAUGGCAGAGUUGCGAGAAAUGCUCGUCAACUCAAAUGACGAGAUACAGGCCUUGCGGGAUCAGUUGCUCUGCCAUCAACCUAUGAACGACGAAGACGCAAGCGCCGCCUCCACCUUACGUGCUGAGCUCGGUCACGAACUGGCAGAAGUAACGCAAAAGAUUUCCCAGGAGCUGCACAUUCACCACCACUACCACGUCGCAGAAAAGAACAAGUCCAAGAAGAAGCGCCACAGUCUGAAUCCAGGAUUGUUCUCACCCGCAAGUAUCUCCAGGUCUUCCACCCCGCCUGCCAUAUGGCGACCCCCGCCGACUACCCCUGCUCUCGCUUCCCACUCUCACAAGGCCUCGACCUCGACGGUUUCCAUGGGUCCAUCUAACAGAUGGUCCGUCUUCUCGGAACAGCCAUCCGAGUUCGCCCCGUCGUCUGUUCCCAGCUCUCCCCAGUCAAAUCUCCGGCUGUCCAUGUUUGACAGGCCAAUGCUGGAGACGGAUAUUCCUUCGUCACCGGCGACGAGUCUGGACCCUACUUCGCCGACGUGGAAACUAUCGCAUAGCAAGCGACCAUCGGAAGCAUCCACUCGAAGCUUCUCCAUCACGAACAAGCUCCUGAGCGUGGCCUCACCUGCUCCGCCAGCUACACCAGCUGUUCAUGUCACGCAGCACAUCUCAACAACGAUUGAAGAAGAAAGGGAAGACAACGGCACUGAAGAGGUGCCGAGCCUCAUUGCACCAAACGAAGAAGCUGAGACGGAGACGGAAACAGAAACGGAGAGGUCGUUCUCCAAAGACGAGGAGCUACCGCGGCGGCAGCGUCUACACCGUGCCGUCUCGCACGAGUCCAUCAUGUCUCUAUCGGGAGGAUUGGACAUUCAUACACUAAAAACACGGCCGAGCCAGUUAACCUUGCGUCCUCUGGGCGGGGCCGACACUGUUUUUACCAGCGUUACCGCGCGUUCAACGCUUUCACGUGGAAGCGACAAGCGGAGCGACGCCAUGCUCCGCGAUAGUCUCGCUGGAUUACCUAUGCCGAGGAUCGUAUCCACGCCAGCACGGAGCGCCUCGCCAUCGAGCACUCGCUCGCAGUACUCUCAGCAUUCUCAGCAGUCUGCUGGCUUGGGCAGGUGGGUAAGCUGGCGACCAUGGAGCGGCGGAAGCUCUGUGCCUGGCCGGUCAGCGACUCCGGCACCUUCGACACCCACGCCCUCCAAAGGGAAUGGGAAGGAGAAGGAAAAGGACAAAGACCUUCUCCGGGCAUCUGGCAUCAACCAACCAGGGGCGAUCCCUGGCUUUCAAGCAUACCUUGCGGCCCAUCAACGACGCGGCGUCCCGAGCAAAGUGUCUCCGGAUCUUGUCGACAUUGACGCGCUUCGAGAAGGGCUGGAGGGUUAA